GAAUGAUUUACGGUAUAAAAAGACGCAGAGCGACUCAGGAACCUGCCCACCGGGUAGCCUUUAGUUAAUUGUAAAGCGGAAAGGAGGGGGACGUUUGGCACCAGCGCUCCUCUGUGCGUAAAGACGCCUGAUGUUUGGACAGACGCAGACUCGGGCUCACCGCGCGCAAACGCCCACAUCCUUAGGUCGGCUCUGCUUUCUUUAGGUAAAUGAAAGUUUCCUAGAAGGGGGACGGCAGAGGAGAUGAUAUCUGACCAGGAUGAGUCGGAAAGGUGAACUUAAAUAAGCAAAAGUGCGCGUCAACCACCUGUUAUAAAUCAGCGCGAAAUGGGCAUGCUUAGUGUGGACCUCCUGGUAACUUUGCAGAUCUUGCCUGGUUUCUUCUCCAACUGCCUGUUUUUCGUGCUGUAUGAUUCGAUAGUGCUAGUAAAGCGUGUGGUGUCACUCCUGAGCUGCUCGGGCUCCACGAGUGAGUGGCAGCGCAUGUUAACCACAGCCGGCGUGCGCUCCAUAUGGAACAGCUUUCUGCUGGAUGCCUACAAACAGGUGAAGCUGGGCGAAGCUGCUCCAAACUCCAAGGUGGUGAAGGUUCCCGGCAUCAACAGAUGCUGGAGCAUCAGCGGUAAGACCCACAACGAGUGCCAUCUGCUGGACUUCGAGUCUCCUGACCGCCCGUUAGUGGUCAACUUUGGCUCGGCCACUUGACCCCCCUUUAUAAGCCAGCUGCCGGUUUUCCGGCGGAUGGUGGAGGAAUUCUCGGACGUGGCAGACUUCCUGCUUGUCUACAUCGAUGAGGCUCACCCCUCAGACGGCUGGGUGGCUCCUCCCAUGGAGAACUUUUCGUUUGAAGUGAGGAAACACCGUAAUCUGGAGGAGAGGAUGUUUGCCGCCCGGACACUUCUGGAGCAUUUUUCUUUGCCUCCUCAGUGUCAAUUGGUAGCAGAUUGCAUGGACAACAACACCAACGUAGCCUACGGUGUGGCCUAUGAGCGGGUUUGCAUCGUGCAGAAGAAUAAAAUCGCUUACCUUGGGGGUAAGGGUCCAUUUUUCUACAACCUUAAAGAUGUUCGGCACUGGCUCGAGAAGAGCUACGGGAAGCGGUAAUUUCUUU